AGUGAGAAAUGAGGCAGCCGGUAGCGGUGGGGGCUCGGUGGUCGGUGGGAGCUUGACGGCAGUCGCGACCGCCGGGCGCACGUAGACCGCCCGCGCCGCCUGCGCCGCGCCUCGCGAGUGUUGUGUGACAUGCGCCUGCUGUGUCGGCGCCAUGAGCGGCAAAGGCUCCUCCUCACCGGACCUGCUUAUGAAUGUUAGUAUUGACCCCGUGUCCACGGAACAUAAGGACAUGAAAAUAUUAGAACACCCAAGCUUACGCGGCACGCCCCUGGCGAUGCUAGCGGCGCAGUGUAACAAGCUGUCGAGCAAGUCGCCGCCGCCGCUAGCCGACGCGGCCGUCGGGAAGGGCUUCCACCCGUGGAAGAAAAGCCCCGGCGCGCACUCGCCCCCGGGCGCUGGCGGAACCCCGCGUUCUCAACCAUCCGCCUGCACUCCCUAUGCCAGAGCACCUACCUCGUGUGCUGCCACCCCAUCUUAUGGCAACGAUCUCUACUUUCCAUCUUCUGGUGACCAAUUGCUCGGAAAAAGUGAAUCUAGUGCGAGUCUCGGCUCGAUGUAUUCCCGGCAUCCAUAUGAAUCGUGGCCAUUCAACGUUGGUGGAGGAGGCGGAAGCGGUGCUCUCAAAGCUGCUGAAAUGACUGGUGUCGGCGCUGUUGGCAGUACCUGGUGGGACGUCCACAGCGGCUGGCUAGAUGUAGGAGGCCAAAUGGCUAAUUAUGCUGGCCAGGAUUAUUCACAACUAACGCACUCUCUUUCUGGAGGAGCACAUUUACUACCACCUGCACCUCACCUUCUUCAAGAUGCUUAUAAAUCUGUACUGCCUACACAAGGUUCUUUUGGACUACACGGACCAGGAUCUCCAGCUCCACCAGCCCAAGCUCCCUCACCUCGAUCCCAACGUCGAUACGCGGGUCGAGCCACCUGUGACUGUCCUAACUGUCAAGAAGCCGAAAGACUGGGUCCCGCAGGAGCACAUUUAAGAAAGAAAAAUAUACAUAGUUGUCAUAUUCCCGGCUGCGGCAAAGUAUAUGGGAAAACAUCUCAUCUAAAAGCCCACUUACGAUGGCAUACUGGCGAACGGCCUUUCGUUUGUAAUUGGUUGUUCUGCGGGAAGCGCUUUACUCGUUCAGAUGAGCUGCAGAGACACUUACGUACACACACAGGCGAGAAAAGGUUCGCCUGUCCCGUUUGCAAUAAGAGAUUCAUGAGAUCAGACCACCUCGCGAAGCACGUGAAGACGCACAAUGGUGGAAAGAAGGGUAGCUCGGAAUCAUGUUCAGAUUCUGAAGAGAACAGUCAAGGCGAGAGUGGCGUGGGGGGGCGAUCACCAGAGCAUACGCUGGACGUGAAGCCGAGUGCGCUGGUGUGACGGGGGCGCGCGGCGCUCGCCGUGCCGCACCACAUGUCGCCGCUGCUGUGAUGACUCGCUGCGCCGUUGUCCGCGCCGCUGCCCGCCGCACCCGUCGCCCCCUGUACAUACCACAUAUCAACUAUGUAUAGUAAUGUGGAUCUUUGAUCAAAGACAAUGCGUCGCGUUUCGCAAAUCGCCUAUAUUUGUUGUGAGACUAUUGAAAGUGUACAGUUAUAGUUUAUUGAAUAUAGUUAUCUCAUAUAGCUAGAAAUUGUAUUUUAAAUUAGGUUAAGUAGAAUCACUCUUUAGUCCGAAAAUGCAGUUAAUAAUUUAUUAUGGCAAAUUUAUAUAAUACCUCAGCAAUUUUUAAACACUGAAUUGUAUAUAUUAUAACUAUGUAUUUUAUUAAUUUAGAUACAUGAAAUGUUAGAAUACCUAUUUGAUUAUUUUUUCUUUUCGUCACAUAUAUUGCAUACAAACUAGGAACGUCUAUUUACUGUGUCUUUGCAAUAUUACAAUUACAUUUAUCACUAGAUGUCUCAUUAUAUGUAUACCUAAAUAAGGUUUAAAGCAAGUGACUCCAAUAAUGACACUUGCAUAACAAACCUAUAAUCUUUCAAUCAAGUAAAUGCCUCUAGCAAAACAUGGUAAAUAUGAUGUAAUUUGCUUAUUUGAUCAGAACAUAAUUCUGAUUUCUCUUAUACAUACCAAUGUCAAUUUAUUACCGUAUAUAAUCGUAUCUAAAAGUUAAAAUCAGUUCACCUAAGUCAAAAUUGAGUUUUCUUUAUUUACCUAAUACUUAUUGGAUUGGUAUGUAUAGUCGAGGACAUGUAAACCUAAUCCCCAUGGGUUAAGUUUAUCUGUCAACGACUUUACAAUGUUUAUAAUAAAAGAACUUUGAAUUGAAUCAACAGACUCUGCCAAAUGGUAGUUGAUGGAGUGACCAUAGACCUAGUGACAGCUACACUUGAGAUGUUGUUGGCUUAAAUUGUAAUGUAAAACUAUUCCUAUGAUGUAUAUUGUACAAAAUUGUGCGAAUUAAAAAUGCCUGAUAUUGAUUUUAUAAAAAUUGAAUAUAUUUUUUUCCGAGUGAA